AUGGCCAAGCACCAUCCUGAUCUUAUAUUCUGCCGGAAACAACCGGGCGUCUGUAUGUUGCCGCCACCUUUUUGACACAUUCUUUAGCUAUUGGCCGUCUCUGCGAAAAGUGUGAUGGAAAAUGCGUGAUAUGUGAUUCCUAUGUGCGCCCAUGCACGCUCGUCAGGAUAUGUGACGAGUGUAAUUAUGGUUCCUAUCAAGGACGUUGUGUUAUUUGUGGGGGUCCUGGCGUUUCGGAUGCUUAUUACUGCAGGCAGUGUACUAUCAUGGAAAAGGAUGUAGGUUUAUACUUUCUCUGUCAUGCCAAUUCAGCGAGACGGUUGUCCCAAAAUUGUCAAUCUCGGCAGUGCUAAAACUGACUUAUUCUAUGAGCGAAAGAAAUAUGGCUUUAAAAAGAGAUGACAUUGGCUUUGUAAGUAAACAAUUUCAUCUAUUGUUCUUUCUCCAGGCCUUAUAUCUUGGCAACUCAUUUUAUCGCAAGUAUGACCACGUGUUGGGGAACCGCAGGUGCCUUCUUUUAUUUCUAAAAGAUGGAAGUCCCCAUAACUGGAUGUUUUCCUUAAUACUUGGGAGUUUUCUGGUUAUCUGUAAAAAAGUUCUAGUUGUCGAGUGCUUGUCCCUGUAAAUACACUUUUACUUUUCUCAUUUUUGGCCUUUUAGCUAUUUGUUGACAUCUGCACAAAAUAGCGUCUUUGAUUCGUGAAUUAUGCGGUCGCUUGGUUUUUGUCUUUAUCCUUGGGGUUACCAUGUGGAGCCGUGUUCUUUUUUUCUGUCAGGAGUUAAUAUGGCCAUUGAAAGCAGGCUGGCCGGUGGCCUUACCAUUCCCUGUACCAAGUGCGACGCGCUGGCAUCUAAGGCCGACCACCAGCUUACCAGCGUGCGCCACAACCCGUACUCGGCAUGGGCGUAACCUAGCAUGUUUAUACGUCAGUCUUACUAACUUAUAAGUUUCUUCGGCGUGGUCCGACCUCACGAAGGCCCCUUGAGGGACGAUUUCGUGUGAUGUCUCCUGUUUUACGCCGUGUAUGAGCGUGACGAGCAUGCCAGCCUGGAAAUCUUUGAGAAAGUUCUCUAUCGGGCCCUCUACUGAAGUGUAUAAACAUCGAUGACUUUAGCCGGCUAAAGGAUAGCUGUUUUACUAUCUUGAUUGUCCUCGCGUCAUUCAGCGUUAAUGUCUCGUUGUGACUACGAAUACCAGACGCAGUCGCAUCAGACAGGGUCCCGACUUCAGUGUACAGGACUCGCGCCGCCUACAGCACUAA